UGGAGCUGCUUGGCUUCCCCUAGGUACAUUCCAAAUCCAUCAAAUCAUAUGGGGUCCUGAUUGGAACAGCCCCGUCAUAGCAUAAAGUUAAACCGACUUCGGUCUACCGACAUCUUUCUCGUUGCUGCUAUUACGAAAUCCGGAGUGGGAAAACCCGCGGAGUUGGCGAAUUGCUUCCUAAGCCCGUGUCUGAGAUUUGCGUCUGCAACGCCUUGUGGCUGGCGCCUUGUCCGCUUCGGAGAGAAGACUUAAUCAUACCUACCUAGGUACUUAAGUACCUAACGUAUAGCAUAUUUUACCUGGAAUAAAAAGAGACCGUUUGCACAUACUACCCCGCUGCUGCAGAUAAUGUCACCUUCUCGGAACAUACCAUUUUUGGUUAUCAUUGAUGUUACCUAUUCGUCGACUUACACAACGAGGUUUCAUAUAAUAGAGCUACAGCUUCCUGUCGCAUAGAUUACAUUUGGCUUGGGAACUAAUAUUGAGGAGAAGUAGAAUAUUUUCUCAAAUACCAUAUUAGGCUACUUCUCAAGACUACUUAAACGAAUAAGAGUUGUCCUUACAAUGGUUGACAGGAAGUUUAGAGUUAUUGUAGUGGGUGGUGGCCCCGUGGGCUUGACUAUGGCCCACACGCUGUCGAAAGCCGGAAUCGAAUACGUCGUCCUUGAGCGUAGACCGACAGUCUUAGAGGAAGCCGGUGCCACUCUGGUUAUCGCCCCUAACGGGAUGCGUGCUUUCAAGCAGCUUGGACUGUACGAGCGUCUCCGCGAGAUAAGCGUGGAGUGCCUCGCAUUUCAAAUGUGUACCGAAGACGGCCGCCAGUACAAUACCUUGUCGGUUUUCGAUGAGUUUACAGUCGACUUUGGCUGCUCGAGUUCUAUCUUCAACCGAGCCGAGCUGAUCAAAGUCAUUUACGAGGGCCUGAGCGAAGAGGACCAGGCUCGUGUCCUAACUAAUAAGAAAGUAAUCGAAGUUACAUCCGACGACCAAGGCGUAACGGUUCGCUGCGCCGACGGGACGAGGUACGACGCAUCUGUCGUUGUUGGUGCGGAUGGCGUUCACAGUGCUGUCUGGGAGCACAUGCGCAGUAUCUCCUUGAAGGCUUCGCCAAAAAUCAAGAUCGACCAGGAGAAGCCGUUCGUAGCCGAGUACAGGAUGCUAUGGGCUUCAUUCCCUUUGCAGGACGGCAAGCACGACGGCCCUCAGGGUUUAUGUGGAAGUUCGCUGGGCCGUGACCAUAGUCUACAAUAUUUCCUUGGUAAAGGCCGGGGCUGGAUUUUCGUCUACGAGCGUCUCCCGACACCUACUAGGGAGCCAACCAGGUACACGGAGGAAGACGUGAUUGCGGUAGGCGAGCGGUGGGGCGAUGUGGCCGUUGGCACGAAGUUGAAGGUCAAAGACGUAUUCCCGAGGCGCAUCGACGCCGGCAUGACAAACCUCGAGGAAGGCGUCCUGAAGCGCUGGUUCUGGGAGCGGAUCGUGCUCGUGGGCGACGCGGCGCACAAGUUCACGCCGAACCCCGGGCAAGGGUAUAUGAACGGCAUGGAAGACGUGCUCACCCUCACCAACAUCCUGCAUGGCGUCUUGAAGCAGUAUCACGACAACGACGAAGAAGCAGCAGCGAGCGAAGAGCAUGUCGGCACCGGGCCGAGCACCAAGGUACUGUCGGCCGCGUUCCAGCGGUACCAGGACGGACGGCUGGCGGGCGCGCACCACGGGUGCAACCUGUCGGGCUACGAGAUCCGGAAGGCGACACAGCGGACGAUCCUGCUGUGGUUCUUCGAGACCUGGGUGAUGCCGUGCUUCCCGAGGUGGAUGGACUCGUUGAUGCUGGAGAUCGCGCUGAAGAAGAGCAUACGCAACGGGCUGGUGCUUGACUUCGUGGACGGCGAGGAGUCGAUCAAGGGGAGGGCCGCUUGGGUUCAUCCCAUGCCUAACCAGGCCGCGAGGGCGUUGGCUAGUAGGAAGAACCAGCGGAAUGUGGUAGCCCCUUUUCUGAGCCUGGGGGGUAUCUAUCGUAUGGGGUUGGCGACGUCGAUGGCGAUACUGAUCGUUAUAAGUUACCUAUCUUGGAGGGAAUAUCUGCGUGGUAGUGCCACAUUUCCCGUCGGGCAUAUAAAGAUUGAAUUGUGAUGUGCUUUUGGAAUAGUUUUCAGGGCCUGGUGGUUACAGGUGUAUUGGGCAGUUCGUAAUUUUGGGCAGCCAUAUUGUUAGAACAACUAAUCGUAAAUCACUCCACUAUAAGGUUUGAAGCAAUCUAUACUUUUUUUUUAAAAAGAAAAAAAAAAUAAUUAAAAUUCCUAAAGCGAAUAUUUUUGAACAAAA